AUGGGUGAGCGGGUUGAGGGGAAGGAGGAUAAGCGAAGGAGAAGCAGACCCCGGUGCUCUUGGCCAUUCCAAAUCCUUUGUGUUAGCGUCGCUGGGGUUGUCCAGGUUCCCGGGAUUGCAAAUCUGUGGGCAGUGAUUGGGUCACGGUGCCUGGGCAGUAACCCAAUGCGGCAAGACGGUGUACCUCAGGCUCGGGUUUCACAGGGCCUUACAGCCUUAGGCCGGAAUAGGGCUGCACAGCCACUGCGCCCCACCCGCGCCACAUCACGAACUAUGCCACUAGUCCUAUCAUAG